UGACUCGAUGCCAUCCUACAAACUAACCUAUUUUUUCUUUCGCGGGCUCGGCGAGCCAAUUCGGCUUCUGUUUCAUCUCGCUGGAGUUCAAUUUGAAGAGGUUCGUAUGAACCCGGAUCAAACAUGGUUGGAUAUUAAAGAUUCAACUCCAAUGAAGCAGCUUCCAGUCUUGAACAUUGAUGGAUUCGAACUUCCCCAGUCCGGUGCUAUCCUCCGCUACCUCGCCAGAAAAUUCGGCUUCGCUGGGAAAACUCCCGAAGAAGAAGCCUGGGUGGACGCAGUCCACGAUCUAUUCAAGGAUUUCCUUGCCGAAUUCAAAAAGUUUGCCGCAGAACGACGCAGUGGAAAAUCUGCUGAAGAAGUUGAAAAGUUCAGAUCAGAAUUUUUCCUGCCAGCUAGAAAUACCUACUUUAACAUCCUCAAUGGACUUCUGGAAAAGAGCAAUUCGGGAUUUCUCAUCGGAAGUGACAUCACUUUUGCGGAUCUUGUCGUUGUUGAUAAUCUGCUGACUCUAAAAAACUACGGGCUCUUCGAUGAAUCAGAAUUCACAAAACUGGCAGCUCUACGUGAAAAAGUGAAUUCUUAUCCAGGAAUUAAGGAGUAUAUUGCAAAACGUCCAGUUACCGAAUAUUGAUGUUAUGCGCCAUGAUUUUUAUUUAUUUUUGUAAUUUGAAAUAAAAAAUAAAAAUGUUUAAAAGUG